AUGACAGCGAGUGAUGAGUGUUCAAAACACAUUCAAGAAUAUAAGAAUUCGUUAGAAAAAGAAUUAAACAUAAUAAGUCCAACUAUUCUAUUUGGAGCUCUUGUCUGGGACGAGAUGGGACAAACGGAAAAAGCACACAAAUAUUUUAAUACGUUGUUAAAAACACUACCAAACGAUCAAGAAGAUAUUUCUUGUGUUUAUAAUAACGCUGGAAAUAUGCAUUGGAAGAUAGGUGAAUUGAAUAUGGCAUUGGAAAAUUAUGAGCGAGCUUAUGAAAUACGUCGAAAAAAAAUACCGCCUGAUCAUCCUCGUAUUGCUACCUCUUUGCAAAAUACUGGUCUUAUUUAUAAAGACAAAGGUAGUUAUGAUGGAGCAUUGGGUCAUUAUCAGAAAACUCUAUCUAUUCACCAGAAAAACUAUCCCGGCGAUGAUUUGCGUGGGUCUCACGCGUUAAGAAAUAUCGGUUUGUUCUAUCACGCAAAAGGUGAAUAUGAUCUCGCAAUAGAUUAUUUGACACAAGCACUUGAAAUGCGUCAGAGAACUUUACCUGAUGAAGAUCCGUCUAUCGGUGUAUGCCUCGAAUAUAUUGGUUCUGUAUAUGAAGCCAAACUAGAGUAUGAUCGUGCCCUUGAAUAUUUUCAUCAACAAUUGAAAACGGAAGAAAACGUUUUACCCAUCGAUCAUCCAAAGCUUAGUAAGAGACUGGAUACCAUCGUAGGCGUGUACGAAAAUUAA